AUGCGGGCGCUCAGGCGAUCGAUUGAGCAGAUGACUAAACAAAAGCAUGCAAAACCAACCGCAAAAUACCUUGAAAACCAAAAACAAUCUUUUACCAAUGCAAAGAUGUUCCCGUUCUUUUCCAACUAUCGCGCUCCCCUACCACGAUGUGAUCGAACAUUACGCUUUUCAUUUUUGGCACACGUAGAUUUGUCGAUUCCAUGA